GUCAGGUCACCUCACUUUCGCUCGUCGUUGGUAUUUGAAACCAUGGGGUGUGCUAGCUCCAACUUGAAGGAGCAGACGCAAGAGUUCGACACGAUCGUGGGGGAUCUGACGACGUCCACGGACCGUAAGGUGAGCAUCGCGAUGCGGGAAAAGCGGGAUGCCCAGCGCCGCGGCGACGUGUUCGCCGAGUCGAUUCAGUUCGACGACGAUUACCAACCCAACACGGUGCCCAAACCCGAAGACACGAUGCAACGGAUCAAAGAAGCGCUGGGCCGCAACGCGCUCAUGUCGAUCGUGAGCGAGCUCGACAUUGACGUCAUGGCGGGGUUCAUGGUGAGCAAGAAGUUCGACCGCGGCGACGUCGUCAUCAACGAGGGCGACACAGGCGACUUCUUCUAUGUCGUCGAGAGCGGCACGUACGACGUCUCAAUCGCCGGGGGCGUCGUCGGAACGGUCAAGGUCGGCGGCAGUUUCGGCGAGUUGGCGCUGCUGUACAACUGCCCACGAGCGGCCACAGUCACGACCACCGACUCGGGGGUGCUCUGGGCUCUGGACCGCGUGACGUUUCGGUGGAUCGUUGCGCGCAACGCCGAAGACCAGUUGGACGAGUGCAAGAAGUUUUUGCGAAACGUCCCGUUGCUCCAAGAAUUGACAGACAACCAAAUGAGUCAACUCGCCAAUGUCGUGCAAAUGCUGCACUUUAAGCAAGGCGAGCGUAUUAUUUCCAAGGGCGAAAAGGGCAAUGUGCUGUACAUUAUCAAGAGCGGCACCGUUGUGUGUAGUGAUGCUGGCGAUGGCGUCAAAGUCGUGGAGAACGUGCUCAUUUCGGAUGGAGAGUACUUUGGCGAGCGGGCGCUCAUGACCCACGAGCCCCGCGCCGCCAACGUGACGGCCGAGACGGACGUCGUCGCGUUUGCAUUGGACCGCCAAGCGUUCGAUGAAAUCCUCGGGUCUCUGCGGGAAGUGAUUGACCGCAACAUGAGCAUGCGUGUGAUUCAGUCGGUGCCGAUUCUCAAGUCACUGUUGCCAUCCAGCCUCGCGACUUUGUUUGCGGCGCUCACUGCCAAAACGUUUAACGACGGCGAGCGCGUGAUCACCGAAGGGGCGCCCGGCACCACGUUUUACAUCAUCAAGACUGGCCACGCCAUAGUGUCUAAAGCGUCUGGCUCGACAGUAGUGGAGAUUGCCAAGUUGUCGGUGGGCGACUACUUUGGCGAGAUGGCGCUGCUCAACGACGAGCCGCGCAAGGCGAACGUCGUGGCCAGUGGAACCCUCGAGUGCUUUGUGCUAGAACGAGCCAAGUUUGUGGAGCUCCUGGGGCCCCUCCAAGACAUUCUGAACCGCGAAGCCGAAGACCGCAAAAUCGAACUGAAUGCCCGGGAAGAAGUGCAGUUUGACGACUUGCAAGUGCUCCGGACGCUGGGCACAGGCACGUUUGGCCGUGUCAAGCUAGUCAAGCACAAAGUGUCGGGCAGAGCGUACGCGAUGAAAGUUAUGCAAAAGUCCCAAGUUGUCGCGUACAAACAACAAGUCAACAUCUUGAACGAAAAGAACUUGCUCGCCAUGUGCAACCACCCGUUCAUUUUGAAGCUGUUUCAAGCGUUCAAGGACCAGCAAUGCCUGUACUUGCUCAUGGAGUUUGUCCAAGGCGGGGAAUUGUUUGCGUAUUUACACAACAGCGAGCGGCCGUCAGGGCGGCUGCCAAACGACCACGCACGGUUUUAUGCGUCGCAUGUGAUCUUGGCGCUAGAGUACCUUCACGACCGCAACAUCAUUUACCGCGACUUGAAGCCCGAGAAUCUCUUGAUCGACCAGGAAGGGUACAUCAAAGUAGUCGACUUUGGCUUUGCCAAGGUGUGCGCCGACCGCACCUACACGUUAUGCGGCACCCCCGAGUACCUCGCGCCCGAACUCGUGCUUGGUAAAGGCCACAACAAGGGGGUCGAUUAUUGGGCGUACGGGGUGCUCAUCUACGAGAUGACAGUGGGCUGCUCGCCGUUUGUCGGUAACAACCCGUCCGAUCAGAUCCAGAUCUGCCGCAACAUUGUCAAGGAGCCUCUGCGGUUCCCGUCGUGGAUUCCUGGGUCGUGCAAGGACAUUGUGACGAAACUGCUCGACCGCGACGUGUCCAAGCGCAUGGGGUGCAACCACGGAGGCACCCACGCCAUCCGCACGCACCCGUGGUUCCACGGCAUCGAGUGGGACAAGAUCAUCAAGAAGCGCGAGCCGGCGCCGUGGCUCCCCACGCUCUCCAACCCGUUCGACGCGUCCAAGUUUGCCGCCAUCGAAGAAUGGGACAACUUGACGCCGUACCAGGACGACGGCACCCAGUGGGACGCGACGUUUUAGUCGUCUGUGCGUAAUCAAGUCAUCUUGUUCGUUGUCACACGUAUGAGGAUCGGUAGGAGUAUUAGUAGUAGUAGUUAGUACAUUGAUUACCAUUUCGGUGAGGUCAUAAAUGGUGAUUGAUC